AUGAAUUGUCCUUGUUAUGAUUGUGAAACUAAAAAGGAAAUUCAGGCUGAAAUAAAAGCAGAGAGGGAGAAAAUUAUUGCUGAGUAUGAGAAAGAACAAAAAACAGAUAAAGAACAAUGUCCCGAAUGUAAAAAAUGGUUUAAGGAAUUGGAUGAGGAAGCAGGA